GUAUGUUUCAGCGAUGUCGCGCAUUUAAUGGAAUUGCCGUUUUAAUUGCCAGUCUCUCGGAAGAUGUGAUGGAAAUGAACCUAGGGCGAAAGUGGGAUGGGAAGUGCUGUGCCAUUGUAAAAGUUCUCUGCUUUCUGCACAAGUUCGUGCUGUAAACCAUCCGUCGAGGGAGACUCGUUAUCUUUGUUAUGGAUCUUGAUGCAAACGUGAGCAUUGGAGAUUGUGUGUCCCGUAGCGCUAACGACAGUCAGCAGACAGUACAGCCCGUGUCCCCCGGCGCGACUACAGCGCUGGCCAGCGUGCUGAUAAUCACUAUCGUAGUUGACAUAAUCGGCAACCUUCUUGUCAUUCUCUCCGUCUUCAGGAACAAGAAACUGAGGAAUGCAGGGAACAUCUUUGUGGUGAGCCUGUCGGUGGCUGACUUGGUGGUAGCCGUCUACCCGUACCCUCUGGUGCUCACCGCCAUCUUCCACAACGACUGGGUCAUGGGCGACCUGCACUGCCAGGCGAGCGGCUUCAUCAUGGGCCUGAGCGUGAUCGGCUCCAUCUUCAACAUCACGGCCAUCGCCAUCAACCGCUACUGCUACAUCUGCCACAGCCUCCACUACGACCGGCUCUACAGCCUGAAGAACACCUUCUGCUACCUGGGCCUGACCUGGGCGCUCACGGCCAUCGCCACCGUGCCCAACUUCUUCGUGGGCUCCCUGCAGUACGACCCGCGCAUCUUCUCCUGCACCUUCGCCCAGACGGUCAGCUCCUACUACACCAUCUCCGUGGUGGUGGUGCACUUCCUCAUCCCCCUGCUGGUGGUCUCCUACUGCUACAUGCGCAUCUGGGUGCUCGUCAUUCAGGUGAAGCAUCGCGUGAAGCCCGACCCAAAGCCCAAGAUGAUGAAGCCGAGUGACCUGCGCAACUUCCUGACCAUGUUCAUGGUCUUCGUGCUCUUCGCCGUGUGCUGGGCGCCGCUCAACUUCAUCGGCCUGGCAGUGGCCAUCAACCCGGCGCGCGUGGCGCCCAACAUCCCCGAGUGGCUCUUCGUCACCAGCUACUUCAUGGCCUACUUCAACAGCUGCCUCAACGCCGUCAUCUACGGCCUGCUCAACCAGAACUUCCGCAAGGAGUACAAGACCAUCCUGCUGUCCCUCUGCACGCCCAGGAUGUUCCUGGCCGACACGUCCCGGUGCGGCACCUUCCAGGAGGGGCUGAAGAGCAAGCCCUCCCCUGCCGUGACCAACAACAACCUGGCAGAGAUCCAUCUGUGAGAUGAGAGUCUCAGGGCCACCUGUUCAAAAUGUUAUUUUUUUUCAGAUGUUCAUAUGGUUUACACUAGAGGAUGACAUUUUUCGGGAAUUCCCGUGGGUCCCGCGGGUCCUGCGGGAUUCCCGCGGGAUGGGAGUCAAAAUUCAAAGAUGAACGGGAGCGGGCAGGAGCGGGAAUAAAGAUGAAUGGGAGCGGGCAGGAGCGGGAAUAAAAAUGAACGAGAGCGGGAAUGCUCGCUUAUUUUUUCAUUAAAAAAAGCCUCGUUUUUUUGAUGAAACGGGAGUGGGAUUGAUUUUGAGUGGGAGUGGGCAGGAUUGGGAAACAUUCUUUUCAGGAGUGGACAGGAUGGGAUUUGUUUCUUUUACUCCAGUCCGGGAUAGGACGGGAUGGGAUUUUUUUUCUGGGACCGGGAUGGGACGGGAGUGAAAAUCCACUCCCAUGUCAUGCUCUAGUUUACACAGCAACGACAUUUUCGGGCGGUGGAAAAUGACAAAAUCUGAAAACGGCUCCCUGUGUGGAAAUCUGGAAAAUGCUCCAUUAUGUCGUUGCUGUCUUCAUAGUUGGAAAUGCAUAGAGGAUGUUACACAUGAAAACACCAUUUGCACAAGCAGAUUACUAGUAGGCCCACUCUAUACUUUGCCUGCAGUCACGAACAGCAACCUGGCAGAGAUCCAUCUGGGAGAUGAGACUAGGGGGGCCUGUUUGAAAAAAAAAUGUCAGAUGUUCAUAUCGUUUACACAGCAACAGCAUUUUUUUAGGGGCUUGUUUAUACCUGUAUUGACAGGACAGUGUGAUAUGGUGACAGGAAGUAAGUGGGAGAGAGAGAUGAGGGAGGAUCGGGAAAUGACAUCGGGCCGGAAUCAAACCCGGGUCCCCGGUGUAGUAGUGCAGUGCCCUAACAGUUUGAGCCACGGCAGGGCCAAUGGCACUUUUUUUUUUUGCUUGGGGUCAGAAAGUAAAAACCAUGCCACAAAUUUGAUCCAACGCGCUCUCUGAGUCAGCUGAUUGUAAUGCUCAGUGAAGUCACUUGUUUUGAAACUGGACUGUGGACACCUCUGAUGAGAAGAGACUAACUGUCGAUAAGGCCUCACAAACUGUUAACGUUUCAAUGUGUGGAACUAUGUCGAGACACCACAUUGUGCCUUUGUUUUCUAUUUUAGGUCAGUCAAACUGAUGUGUUUUUUGGUGGGGAGUAUUAUCUAUUGUGUGCCAAAAGUAUCUCUUGCAAGUAUUCUGUGUCUUCAUUGAAAAUCGAAUAUUUGCCCGAAGACAGAUCCAUUGUUCCGAUCAGAUAAGGAAAUAUCCCCGACAUGUUUUCACUGUUACAUAUCCACAACAAUAACGGCCCCCCUGCCUUGAGGGUAUGGUGGACAAAAUGAAAACCAGGGAGAAACCCAGGGAGGGAAACAGAACAUUGAACACUGAUGCCGUUUCCAAAGACUUUGGAAUUACAACAGAUGGCCAGUAUUUUUUUUUCUUUGCAGGGGACACGUUAAAUCAUUUUAUUCCACUUUAGUAAAUCCUCCCCAGUCCUGUGAACAGGAAGACUAAUGAGAUUCAGAUCAAGCGGAAACCAUAUCAUGAUGCAUACGGUAGUGGAAGCAGCUGAACACAUGUCCUCCAAACUGAGACGCAUCCAGAGAUGUUUUGCCAUUGUGAACCCUACAUCAAUCUACAGUAAAGAGCAUGUUGCAUUGACAUGAAUAAAGUUUGUA